CGAUAGAAGCUCAUUAACCAUGGUUUGCUCUACUCUUUAUUCAAUUUUUGCAGUGCUAAUCCUUCUCUAUCUAUCAAAUGCUCAAUUGAGUUCAACCUUCUACUCCAACACAUGCCCAAAUGUUUCUUCCAUCGUAAGGAAUGUUGUUCAACAAGCUCUUCAAAAUGAUUCACGAAUUGCCGCAAGCCUAACCCGUCUUCACUUUCAUGAUUGCUUUGUUAAUGGAUGUGAUGCAUCUAUUUUGUUAGAUGAAGGUGGUAACAUAACACUAAAUGAGAAAAAUGCUACUCCUAAUAAUAAUUCAGCACGUGGCUUUGAUGUAUGGGCAAUUAUAACCGUAUAUCUUGAAUUAAGUGCCCAUACGUUUGGUCGUGCCCAAUGUAGAUUUUUCAGUCAAAGGCUAUUCAACUUCAGUGGCACUGGUAACUCUGAUUCAACACUGAAUUCAACAUAUCUAACUACUCUACAACAAAAUUGUCCACAAAAUGGAAAUGGAAACACUCUCAACAAUCUUGACCCUUCAUCACAAGAUACUUUUGACAACAACUACUUUAAAAAUCUUCUCAAAAAUCGGGGUCUUCUUCAAACAAACCAAGAAUUGUUUUCCACAAAUGGUGCUGCCACGAUCUCAAUUGUUAAUAAUUUUGCUAGCAACCAAACAGCUUUCUUUGAAGCCUUUGUUCACUCAAUGAUUAAUAUGGGUAAUAUCAGUCUAUUAAUCGGAAAUCAAGGAGAAAUUAGAUCUGAUUGUAAAAAAGUUAAUGGAAAUUGAAAUAUACAUGUGAUAUUGUUAUGUUAUGUUACUACUUGUUAAUAUAU